AUGGACAUCGUGGAGGCACUCGCGGCGCGCUUCGCCGUGCUGCUGGCCAAGAUCGAAGAGCUGAACCUCAGCAACGCGACCGUCGCAGCGGGGAUCUUUGGCUUCUUGGCCGCAGUCUGCGGGGUUCGUGUCACAUAUCGGUGGUACAGGCUUUCACAUGUGCCCGGCCCGGCCUUGGCCGGCUGGUCCAAGUAUUGGAUUGUGAGGGAGUCGAUGAGGGGAAGGCAGCCCAUUGCCAUCAAGGAGGUGACGGACAAAUAUGGGUACGACGCCAUGCGGAUGGAUCCUGCAAGGGAUAACGUUUUCUCAAUGCGUGAUGAAGUCAGUCACACAAAGCUCCGUGCAAAGAUGGCCGCCGGGUAUUCGGGCAAGGAGAACUUAUCAAUGGAGGGCACGAUAGAUACCCAGAUUGCGAAGCUGGUGCAGUUGAUCGAGACCAAAUACCUCUCGACGGCUCACGACUACCGUCCGAUGGACCUUGGUGUGAAGGGACAGUACUUUACGCUUGACGUUAUCAGCGAUCUUGCCUUUGGCCACGCAUUUGGCUUUAUGGACAAAGAUGACGAUGUCUUUGACUACCUCAAGAUUACAAAGUCGUUUAUUCCCAUCAUGCUCCUCCUCGCCGAUAUCCCGGCGCUAGCGAGGCUUCUGCAUUCUCGCUUGAUGAGAGGACUUCUCCCGAAGGAGAGCGACAAGCUUGGAUUCGGUGCUUUUAUCGGAGUCACCAACAGGGUUGUGGCUGAACGAUUCAAGCCGGAUGCCCCCCAACAACAUGAUAUGCUCGGCUCCUUUAUCCGCCACGGCCUCAACAAAGAAGAAGCAUCCGGAGAAGCGCUCCUCCAAGUCGUUGCCGGAAGCGACACCUCGGCAACCCCCAUCCGCGCAGUGAUGCUCAAUCUCCUGACCAACCCCAGCGCGUACAAGCGGCUCCGGGACGAAAUCGACAGUGCCAUUGCUACAGGAAAGAUCUCGUCGCCCAUCAAAAACGUCGAAGCUCGCGAAUUGCCGUAUCUCCAAGCCGUCAUCAAGGAAGGACUUCGCAUUCUACCUCCAGCAGGUGGUGCCUUUUACAAGACCGUGCCACCAGAGGGUGACGUGAUAGAUGGCAAGUUCAUUCCUGGCGGCACACAGAUUGGUUCGUCUCCGUUCGGCAUCCACCACUCUAAGGCGACUUUCGGAGAGGAUGCCGACAUCUUCAGGCCCGAGAGGUGGUUGGAGGCGGAAGGUGAGCGGCUUGCUUUGAUGACGAACACGGUUGAUAUGGUGUUCCAUUCUGGGAAGUAUCAGUGUCUUGGCAAGUCUGUUGCCUUGAUGGAGUUUAACAAGAUUUUUGUCGAGCUGUUGAGGAGGUUCGAUUUCCAACUUGCCAACGCCCAGAAGCCGGCUGAGAUAACCAAUGCGCUACAUGAAAUUGGCUGCGAAGGAGAAGAAAAGUUUGAUAGAUUGUUUAACACACCGUAUCCCCUAACAUCGAGGAGGGCGUCGAGUUAUGAGACCAUGUACGACGUUUAG